CUAACGCCCUUCUGUCUCUUUUUUCUACAUGACGCAAUCCCGCUUCGUUGUAACGUGCGCUUGUGCUGCUUCACGCUGAAGAAUCGUAGACAUGUCUGUCGGAAAAGCCGCCCGGAGUUUGUUAAAGUCGUUUCGGGGGGUUCUGGUGUGUUCGGAGCCGGUUCUGAAGCGGAGCUACGCGGCUGUCACCGAGGCCAGGUCGCUGCUGGAGCACGAGCUGGACGGUAUCCGAGCCGUGGGGACGUGGAAAGCGGAGAGGAUCAUUACCUCCAGGCAGGGUCCAGCGAUCCGCGUGGAGGGCAGCCGAGGCAGCAUCCUGAACUUCUGUGCUAACAACUACCUGGGCUUGUCCAGCCAUCCAGAGGUGGUGCAGGCAGGAAUCGAUGCACUGAAGUCCCACGGUGCAGGCCUGAGCUCGGUCAGGUUCAUCUGUGGCACGCAGGAUCUACACAAACAUCUGGAGCAGAAGCUGUCAGAGUUUCAUGAGCGGGAGGACUGCAUCCUCUACGCCAGCUGUUUUGAUGCCAACGCUGGGCUGUUUGAAGUGCUGCUGGGCCCAGAUGAUGCGGUUCUGUCUGAUGAGCUCAACCACGCCUCCAUCAUCGACGGCAUCCGUCUGUGUCGAGCGAAGAGGCUGCGCUACAAACACAUGGACCUCAGUGACCUGGAGGUCAAGCUCAAAGAGGCUCAGUCGUCUCGUAUGCGUCUCGUCGUGACAGACGGAGUCUUCUCCAUGGAUGGAGACGUAGCUCCCCUUCCAGGGAUCUGUGACCUGGCAGAACAGUACGGAGCCAUGGUGUUUAUAGACGAAUGUCACGCCACGGGCUUCCUGGGAACCCGAGGCAGAGGAACAGACGAGCUGCUCGGUGUGAUGGACAGAGUUCAUAUCGUGAACUCCACUUUGGGGAAAGCUCUGGGAGGAGCAGCAGGCGGCUACACGGUGGGUCCGAAGCCUCUCAUCGACCUGCUGAGGCAGCGCUCACGGCCCUACCUCUUCUCCAACGCCCUCCCCCCCUCCGUGGUGGGCUGUGCCACACGAGCUGUGGAGCUUCUGCUAGCCUCCAACGAGAUUGCACAGAGCAUGACUACCAAAACCAUGAGAUUCCGGAACAAGAUGGCGCAUGCCGGCUUCACCAUCGCUGGCUCAGCUCACCCCAUCUGUCCCGUGAUGCUCGGCGACGCUCGGCUGGCCUCCACGAUGGCCGACGAUAUGCUGAAGCUCGGAAUCUACGUGAUUGGAUUCUCCUACCCAGUGGUGCCAAAGGGCAAAGCCCGAAUCCGCGUUCAGAUUUCGGCCGCGCACACCGACGAAGACAUCGACCGAUGUGUGGACGCUUUCAUUCAGACGGGAAGAAAACAUGGAGUCAUCUCCUAAAAGAAGUUUAAUUCAACCGCAGCGCCUGUUACUCCACACGGAUGAUGUAGAAGGAAACAUUCGUUACAUUUGAGCAUCUUUUAAAUAAGUGCUGUUGAUAAAUGUUUGUAUUUGGGGUUUAAAAGAGGGCUAAUAAUGAAUAGCCUACACUACGUCUUAGCACGAGAAAGCUUUUCUCUUUUAUCCACAAAUGUGAUUUUUAAAGAUUGCUAUAUUAAAAAGUUUAGUGGUGCUGGAACUAAUGUUGUAUGAUGAGAACUUGUGGAAAACAUUAAAGGGGCAUUAUGGAAGUUUGACAGUCAAAACAUGUAUAGAAAUAAUAAAUGUCUUCUUCAUACAUUC